GUUCCCGAGCUCGUGAAAUCCAAACGGCCGCGACCAAACACGACGUCGCCCGCGCGAGACCACCCUCCCUCCUUCCGCCGCCGAUCGCCGACGGGAAAGGCCAGAAGGCCUCGCGCGCCUCGCGCUCACCAGACGCGGCCACGGCACCGCCGGGCGCCGCCGCCGCCGCCAAGGGGAAAGGCUCCUCGCCGUCACCGCCGCCUCCGAGGUCCCGUCGCACCACGGCCGUAGUCGCGAUGGCCGCGUCCCUCCUCGCGCUCGCCGUGGCGCUCCUCCUCGGCGCCAGCUCCCGGGUCGACAACGGCGCGGCCGCCGCCCCCGUGACUGAAGAGGGGCUCGAGAUUACGUACGGGAGCACGUUGAAGCUGAUGCACGAUAAGACGAAGGUGAGGCUGCACUCGCACGACGUGGCCUACGGCUCCGGCAGCGGCCAGCAGUCCGUCACCGGCUUUCCCCAAACAGACGACUCCAAUAGCUACUGGAUUGUGAAACCUACUCUUGAUUCAUCAGCUAAACAAGGUGAUGCCAUUGAAACUGGAAGCAUCGUCAGGUUGCAACACAUGAGGACAAGGAGAUGGUUGCAUAGCCACUUGCAUGCUUCACCGUUAUCUGGUAACCUAGAGGUUAGCUGUUUUGGAGACGAUGGGCAAUCAGAUACCGGCGACUAUUGGAUGCUAGAAAUUGAGGGAAAGGAUAAGGUAUGGAAGCGGGAUCAGAAAGUAAGACUACGACAUGUUGAUACUGGAGGCUAUCUGCACAGUCACAACAAGAAGUACAACAGGCUUGGGGGUGGGCAGCAGGAGGUCUGUGGUGUCCGAGACAAGCGAGCUGAGAAUAUUUGGUCGACCGCAGAAGGUGUUUAUCUCCCAGUCAGCGGAAGCAAGUGAAAUCAAGCAUUCUUGUGCGUUUUC